AUGUCCGAACAGCAGUACACUCUUCCCGACCUCCUUCAAAAUUGGCCAUGGAACCGUCAUCUCAGCCCUUAUUACGAAGAGGCGAAGAGGGAGUCGAGUGCAUGGGUCGAAUCAUUCAAGCCAUUUGAUCAGGAUGGGCAGAGGGCCUUCGACGCUUAUCUCCUCGCCAGCCUGACCUAUUCACAUGGGAGCAGGGAAUUUGUGCGUCUCGGAUGCGAUCUCAUGAACUUCUACUUCGUCUACGAUGAAUACACCGACGUUUCCGACUCCGCGGUGGCGGACAGGCUGGCCAACAUUGUGAUCGAUGCCAUGAGAAACCCCGAAAAUUCAUCUCAAAGUGGAGAUCACCUCCUAGGGAAGAUGACUAAACAUUUCUGGACUCGAGCGCUAGCGAUGGCACCGGCAGGAUCACCCUGUUUCGAGCAUUUCAUCACCACAUCGGAGACAUACCUACGCGCAGUAACCCAAGAAGCGGAAGACAGAGCGAACAAGCGCGUGCGUAAGGUGGACGACUACCUCCGACUUCGCCGGGAUACGUGUGGCGCACGUCCGACGCUCGCACUGAUCGAGUUUGGGCUCAAUUUGCCUAAUGAGGUAGUUCGCCAUCCUUCUUUGGUAGCCCUUACGGAAGCGGCUGUGGAUUUGAUCAUCCUCGUUAACGAUAUGCACUCGUACGUGCGGGAAUUGUCUUGUGGACACGAAAACCACAACCUCAUCACUGCUAUUAUGCUUGAGCAUCGUCUCAAUCGGCAAGACGCCUUCCAUUGGCUGGGAUCACACUGCAGCAGGGUUGUGGAUCAAUUUCUCUCUGACUUGGACGAGCUACCGUCCUGGGGAGAGCCUACCGAUUCUGGAGUGAGGGAUUACAUCAACGGCCUGGGACAAUGGGUUCGUGGAAACGACGAUUGGAGUACCGAGAGCAAAAGAUAUUACGGAGAAGAUGGGGAAACAAUACGACAGGAGCGCUUGGUCACAACUCGCUCCGGGGAGUCGAAUUACAUCAAAUUCGGGCAAGUUGGCGUACAAGACUCGGUGCGCAUCCAACCAAUCGAAGCCAACUGA